AUGUCUUCAUCAAUAAUACCAAAAUCACAAAUUCUCUCCCUCUACAAAGGACUAUUAAAAGGUGGUAAACAGUUCUCCGAUUAUAACUUUAGAGAAUAUACUCUAAGGUGUACAAGAGAAGAUUUUAAAAAGAACAAAACAAUCACUGACAAGGAAAAGAUUAAACAAUUAUAUGAGAAGGGAAUAAAGAAUUUGGGAAUUGUCCAAAGACAAUCACUCAUCAAUCAAAUGUACUCUAAACAAAUUAGCAUCAUGGACAGUAGGGCAAAGGCGUUUAGAGAGAAUCCAGAUCUUUUCACUGCCCAAUACUCUAAUAUGGACACCUCUGUAGAACAAGAAGAGGAUUAA